AUGCCUCUGAAAAAGAAAAGUGUUGGCGAUCUUAAGGAGUCUGAUUUACGAGGGAAGAAAGUAUUUGUUAGAGUUGAUUUGGAUGUUCCAUUAGAUGAAAUUUUGAACAUCACUGAUGAUACUAGGGUUAAAGCUGCUGUUCCUACUAUUCGAUACUUAAUUCGUCAUGGAGCGAAAGUUAUUCUCUGCAGCCAUCUUGGACACCCAGAGGGUGUUAUUACGCCUAAAUACAGCUUGAAGCCUCUUGUUCCUAGGUUGAGUGAGCUAAUACAGACAAAAGUUGGGAUGGCCAAUGAUUGUAUCGGGGAGGAAGUUGAGAAAUUGGUUGCAGAAAUCCCAGAUGGAGGUGUUUUACUACUCGAGAAUGUGAGGUUCUACAAAGAGGAAGAAAAGAAUGAUUCCGAGUUUGCAAAGAAGCUAGCGUCUCUUGCUGAUCUCUAUGUGAAUGAUGCGUUUCGAACGGCUCACCGACCUCAUGCUACCGUAAAGAAAGUCACCGAGUUCUUAUCGCCUUGUGUUGCUGGGUUUCUUAUGCAGAAGGAACUUGACUAUUUUGUUGGAGCUUUCUCAAGUCCCCAACUUGACUAUCUUAUUGAAGCUGUGCCAACUCCCCGACAGACACGAACCAUUGCCAUUGUUUGUGGUUCAAAGCUCUCAUCCGAGAUAGGAGUUAUUGAGUAUUUGUUGGGGAAAGUCGAUUCCCUCAUUAUUGGUGGAAGAAUGGCCUUCACAUUUCUCAGGGCCCUUAACCAUUCUGUUGGAACAUCUCUUGUGGAGGAAGACAAGCUGGACAUUGCAAAAUCACUUGUCUAUAGGGCCACAGCCAGGAGAGUGGAAUUUCUGUUACCAUGGGAUGUUGUAGUUGCUGAUAAAUUUGCUCCCGAAGCAAAUAGCAAGACAGUUCUAGCAGCAAUUGGAAUUCCAGAAGGUUGGAUGGGAUUGGAUAUUGGUUCACGGGCCAUUGAUAUGUAUAAUAAAUGUCUUGAUCAAGCCAAGACUGUCAUAUGGCAUGGAACAACCAUCGGAGUGUUUGGGAUGGAGAAAUUUGAUAUUGGAACAAAGGCAAUUGCUAAGAAGUUGGCAGAGCUAAAUGAGAAGGGAGUAACAACCAUCAUUGGAGGUGAUGAUGUAAUAGCAACUAUGAAGAAGCUAGGUCUGGUAGACAAGAUGAGCCACAUCCUGCCCAGAGGAGAUGCCUAUAAGGAGCUUCUAGAAGGCAAAUCACUCCCUGGAAUUCGCGCUCUAGAUGAUACUUCUGGCUGGGUAACUAAUCUAUGUUCACGUGCAGUCAGUGUACUUCUAAUGUUGGAAGACUAA